AUGUUCGCGUGCGCGUCCAUCUCGCGCGCGAGCGCCGUCGCGUCCUUGACGCCCGCGCGCGCCGCCGUCGACCGAAGUUCGACGAGAUCCAUCGGCGUCCACGCGCGCGCGUCCGGUGACGCCCCGUUGACGCACCUGCGCCCGUCCACCGCGAAUCGCGCGAAUGAGAUCGCGUUCGUAGCCGCGAAACCCGCGCCUGCGCCGCCGGUGAACAAGUUCCAGGAAUUCGGUCGACAGUACUGGCCGGCGUUCGCCGCGCUGGAGGGCGUGGCGCUCGUCGGCGCCACGGUGAACGGGAUCAUGUUGCGUAAACGGCGCGAAGAGAUCGAGCGAUUGAACGCGCAGAUGCGAGGAAUCAUGGCGAAAUUGGACGAACGCGACAAAACGCUGACGAGCGAGGAUGGAGAUUCUGAGGCGAGCGAGGCGCUGAACGCGGCGAAAUCCGCGCUGGCGAGCGACCACAACGACCGCGCCGCGGAUUUAUUCCUCAAGGCGAUCGACGUCGCCACUCGCGCAGAAGACGGCGCGGCGGAGUUGAGUGCUCGCCGUGGCUACGCGAUGGCGCUCGCCGCGCAGCGCAAGUUCGCCGACGCCGCGAGCACGCUCGAGGCGUAUCUCCCGCGUUCCUCGGCUUUGAACCAGCGCGAAGGCGACUCCGCCGUGUACGGUUUACUCGGGGACGUCUACACCGAUCUCGGGGCGUUCGACAAGGCCGGCGCCGCCUACGACGCAUGCAUCAACGUCAUGGACGACUAG